CUUCAGGUGGAACCGUCACAGCCACGACAGCUGUAUCAAGUGAAUGAGAUGAGAGAGGAGUUGGUGUGGUUGCAGAUGGGGGAGGGUUAACGGGAGACUUGAUUAACAGAGUGGGCAGUAGGUGAGGACAUUGAGACCAUGAAUGAUAAGGGUUUAGAUGACUGAAGGACAGGACCGAGGAGGGGUGGAGGAGAGGACCCGGGGCAGCCAGGAAUGAGGAAGAGAACAGCAGAGGAGGAGAGAGCGUGGUUGAACUACUGGUGGUGGGAGAGCACUUGCAGGGCUCGAGCUUGAUAGGAAAGGAGAGAAGUGGGGAACAGUUGUGAAAGGGUGACAGGAGGAGAGGUGGUGGUGGAGCAGGAGGAGGAGCAGGGGACAAUCUCACUACCUCGCACUCACUCAGCGGUGCCAUGCGGCGACUUCUCUGUUCGGGUUUCCUCUUAUCCCCUCUGGGCCGCAGAGCCCUGAGUGUCUCUCCCUGUCCCCACACUUCACCACCAUCAUCACCACCACCACAACCCGGUUUGCCUGCUUCUAUCGGAAAGACGACGACAUCUGCGACUGCUGCGAAACCAUCGGGCCGCGUGGACCCCGAGGGAGGCGGUCGGUCGGACUGCGCCUGCCCGGCGAGGCGUCACUUUCCCGGCGGGCCGGGCAGGAAAGGCGCAGGCUCCACGGAGCCGCCCCGCGUGGCCCGGGCUCUGGUGCUCGAGAAGACGACCCGCUACGAGUUCGAGCAGCAGCGAUACAAAUGCGCCGCCCUGUCCGAGGAAGACCUCAGGCAGCUGCUGGCAUUGCGGGGCUCCAACUACGGCGGCCUUCUGGAGCGCUACCACGUCCACCGAAAGCACGUCCUUCACCUCAUCAGCAGCCUGCAGGAGGGCGGCGUGGAGGUGCGCGUGGUGAAGAGGCACGACUACUGCGAGCAGGACGUCAGUUGGGCUGACACCAUCAUCUCUGCGGGAGGCGACGGCACGCUGCUCUUGGCUGCCAGCAAGGUCCAUGACCCCAGGAAACUAGUCAUUGGUGUCAACACCGAUCCGGAGAGGUCUCAGGGCCACCUGUGCCUGCCCGUCUGCUACACCACCAACAUGCCCCUCGCGCUGCGGAAGCUACAGAAAGGUGAUUUCAGGUACCUGUGGCGCCAGCGCAUCCGCGUCGAGACGGACGGCUCGGGGCUUGGCCUCGUGCCCGUGGACCUCCACGAGCAACAGCUGAGCCUGGCGCAGCACCGCUCAGCGCACCUGGCCGCCGCUGCCAAACACGCAGGGACGACACUGGGGUUGGUGGGCGGGCCCAAGCGACUUCCUGUGUGCGCGUUGAACGAAGUCUACAUUGGCGAGUCCAUCUCCUCCAGGGCCUCCUACUACGAGCUGAGCGUGGACGGGGGCCCCUGGGAGAAGCAGAAGAGCUCCGGGGUCAGCGUGUGCACGGGCAGCGGCUCCAGCGCCUGGUCGUACAACAUCAAUAAGAUUGCCAGUCAAACGGUGCAGGAUGUUCUAAAAAUAGCUACCGAUAUCAGUGGACAGUCCAUGCCCAACGACGCGGAUUUCUGCAGGACAGUGAUGGAGCGGUAUUGCUCCUCGCUGGUGUUUGACCCCGAGGAGCCGCAGAUGUUCUUCAGCAUCCGGGAACCGAUCGUCAACCGCGUUUUCUCCAACUCCCGCCCGCACGGCCACGCCACCAGGAUGACGAUUCGCUCGCGGUGCUGGGACGCCUGCCUGGUGCUCGAUGGCGGGACCUCCUUCGAGUUCAACGACGGAGCGAUGGCCACGCUUUCCACGCACCCGGACGAUGCACUCAAGUCCCUGCACCUGGACCCCUGACCACGAGAGCCGACCCCCUACCCCCCCCUACCCCCCCUACCCCACUCCCCCUUCUCCCCCGCCCUGACCGCUCAGCCGCCACUGGCUGCCCGACCGCCCCCGUUACGCACGGAGGGAGGAACCGGAGGCGGAUUUGAGAGGCGUUCGCCGCCAUCGCGUCCGCGGUGGCAGGAGGGCUCCUGCAGUGUCUCGGAAGAUCCAGAAUAUUUAUUUAAUACUGCGGGGCGAAUCCGAUGGGGCUGUGAAGCUCUCUUUCACACAGAUGUCCAGUACGCGACAGGCCGGGCUGUGAUCCGGUUGUUCAAGUAAUCGGUCGCUCUCUCGGUCACCGGGCUCGGUUUACUCGACCGAUCGGAUCCACGCGAAAUCAACCGGAGAACAAGAGUCUCACCUCGGCGCCCCCCGCGCGCGCGCACGGUGACGGACGAGUCUUGGUCACGAUGUCUGUGUCAUCGUCAUCGGCCACAUAGUGUACUGGGCCUGGCUCGUAGGGGGGUUUCCCGCCUUUGUGUGUGUGUGCGCGUGUGUGUGCGCGUGUGCGAGUGCGUGUGUGCGCAUUGUGAGGUGGUGUAGUGGUUAGCGUGCUCACGGUUGACACCAAUGACGAUUAUCUGAACUGGUCCUGGGCCUCCCGUAGGUCGACUUGGCUUCAAAUGAGUACCUUGUGCGGUGUGUCAACAUCGACACUCGCAAGACAAAGGCGGCCGGGCAUAGUGUUGGCCACCCACCCACCCUCUCGAGUGCCGUUCCUGCCCUCAAAGGUGAUCGCUAACGGCACUCACUGUGUGAGAGACGACAUUUGCGUAACUUUUUUUGACACUGGCCAGAUGUUUUUGAGUGGCGCCACAACUGAACGCCGUGCCCGUGAAGACCCUAAUGCCGAUGGCGCCUUUCCUCGGCUGCCUCGCAAGUCUGACUCCCGUGCCAAGUGUUUGUGCUGGGGAUAGAAAUUACGACCGCUGCUACCUCAACGCGUUGCCGCCACCACCGCCGUCGAGUGGCACCUUGCGCAAUACGCCACGCCCGCGGGCGGCCAUCGCGCCGGCCGCCAAAGCGAUGGAGGGGACAGCGCCGAACUCGGGGCCUGUGCCACAUUGGCAGGGAAACUGCCAACCAGUCGCCGUGCUUGCGGUCAGCACGCUUCCCGAGCCGGCUGCGGCCCGAGCUACGAUGGUUUUCAUUGUUAUCAAGAUCGUCGUCGUCAUCGGCAGCCGUGAUCAAUCCGCUGUUAGGUGAAGUCCUCCCCGCGCCGUCGCCGUCCCCGCGAUCUAAUGAUCCAUCGAGCGCCUGCACGAGCGACGAUUUCAUCGCAUCCACCAAAUCUCCGUGGUGGCUGCCACUCCACUCAUAGUCUCGCCCACCGGCCCAAUCGCACCACCUAGCCGUGACGUGUCCUGCUCAAGCCCACUUUCAUUCCCGCUCAAUGUGCUCUCUCCUCCAAGCGUGCCUCUCGGCUUCUCGUCACAAUUGAAACCGCAAACCUGUCCAUGCUUAUUUGUGCACUUUUCGGCUCUUGUUCCAUUUGCAUUGUCAAAUGUCUUUGGCCUCCGAUCCAUGUGACGUAGCAGGUAAAUAACACUGGUCAACACGUUUUCUGGCAUAAGGUUUUAAGGUAAUUUUGGGGUGCUGAUUCCAAAUCUGGCAUCAGUUUUUGUCGAUCACAUCAGGUUUUUGAGAUAUCAAAUAUUGCAUUUUCAAUAAAAACUGCAGAAGAAAAAUAUUAAAUAAAUGUGGAUAUCUACAUAAAAUGAUAUUAUAAACACACUAUCCUAAAAAUACAGCACCAUAUCUUAACACUAAAGCAGUCACAAGACUCGCAACAACUUGCAAUCAUGAGUGACAGAGUUAAUUUCGGGUAAAAUUAAUGAAAAUUGGGUAUGCCUAUAGCAUAAAAAUGAGAUGUGAUAGAGCAAAUCUGAGAUCAGAUUUGGAAUCAGCACCCUGAAAUUAGUCUAAAACAGCUGCAAAAGUCCAGGCCAGAAAAACGUUUUUUUGUUUUGUUGACCAGUGUUGUUUACCGAUACCAUUCAUUAUAUUCUCAAUCACGACACGAGUAUUUUGAGUGAUGCAUGAUUAUCAAUAUCAUCUUACGUAUCAUCGCCAUCAUUUAUUGCCCUCCGAUCCAUGUGACGUAGCAGGUAAUAAUACAUUGAUUACAAACGUGCUUCUGUAGACACCUUAGUGUGGUGUUGGUACGUGUCCCGAUUCCUGCAACUUGAUCAUUGCUCUGCAGCUGUCAUCGACAUACACGUGCCUUUGUCGCAGCUCUCAACUAUCCCAGCUGAAGCUGUGGGACUAGUUGGGUGUGCUCGACUUGUCAGCCAGAGAGAUGUUUGGAACUCCUGAACUGCCUGGCUGAGUAUUCCUCCGUUCAUACAAAAAGUAAAAAAAAAAAAAUUUUGAGUUGUGUGGGGUUUCACGAAUUCGGCGUGCGGUCAGAAAUAUUUCAGAGUGGUGUCCUUUCGCUGUUUCGCAUAAACCAGGGGGGUUGCAAACCGACGGCCUCUGGGCUGAAUGCAGCCCGUAACUUCAUUUCACGCGACCCCCCUGACUUAACUUCACACGGACUUGUGCCCGCAAACCGAGUUCAUCCGUCGCCGCAGGCAUCUGAGCCUCGCUGAUCGGGUCCUAGGGGGCGGAGUGUUUUUGACCUGGUAACGCCGUGUCUUAUAACUUUCUAGAAACGCCGUGAGCCGUAAUAUAUUUUUCGCGUUGCCGUUGGUUCACGUUUAAAGUGUGGUGUGCGUUGAAUGUGCGGUUGCCCGCCACAAAGUAUUUAAAACUCCUUUUCAAUCCUCGGUAAGGAAACGGAUUCCCUCACCCCCCGACGUUUGACGCAUUUUGAAGAACAAUAUUUUCAAUGGCAUUUUCAGGAAACUGGGGGUGGGUCAGCCAUCCCUCCCCGUGUGUUGGUCUUUCGCGUGUUUGUGGCGAUUUCGUUCCACGGACGUGGAGUUCGCAGGGCCCUCCACGGGGUCCUUUUGUCUCGUGCUCCGUGACUGUGCAGUGCUGCUGCGUUGUUACGGUCACGCAACCUCUGGCUAGACGGGAGUGAUUUUUUUGCUGCCAGGGACAUUGCCAAGCCAACUUUGAAACCGUUUUAUUGGGUUUUUUUUAUUACGAAAUAAAGACACGUGUUUUCUG